CGCGUUUGGUCUGCAAGUAGUUGCUUGGAAAACCCAAGAGCAGACAAAGAAGCGGUACAGAGAAAAAGAAAGGCACGCAAAGAAGCAAUGGACGACGAGUUGUCCAAGGCCAAGAGCGAGCCCAAGACGGUGCGCAUAGGGGUGGCCCUGAUCAACGAUGACCUUCUCCACAACAUUCUCUUGAGGCUACCUGCCUCAUCCUUCGCAUCCGCGGCGUGCGUUAGCAAACUCUGGAAUCUUCUCUGCAAUCGCAUCCUCUCUCGCCCGAAGCUCGCCUCCGCUCUCUCUCUUAAUCCCUCUCCACAUAUUGCUGUAGAAGAGGUUCUUGAAAAGGUGCUGUCGGAGCCAAUUCGGCCGCAUUUUGCCGUUGCAAACAUCGGCAGUGGGUUCAGCUUGAUUGGGGCUUUUCGGCUUAUAUCGAAAAGAUUGGGUUCUGGUACUCCGUUUAUUAUUUCUACUGCUAGUGGAAUUAUUGGAAGGGAUGCUCUUACCAAUGAACUUAAGGAGGUUAAGUGGGGAGAUAUUGGUGGUGAUUCGGCCGAUGAAGGUGGCUAUUUACCCGCAGAGGUUAUAAACAAUGGCAUUGUUUUGACAGUUGGUUUUGUACCGGGAUUGAAAGUUGAUGCUAUCCCGCUUUUACGAUCAGUAAAGGAACCUCAAGUUGCAAUGCUUGACAAGUUUGUGAUGGAUAUUAAAGACUACACAGCCUCUGUUUCGGGUUGCACAUCCCCAGUUGGGAUUAUAAUAUUUGGAGAAGGGCUUGCCGACAUGAAACCUGUCAUCGAUGUCUUGGAUUAUGCUAUGCCAAUGGAAACAGUCAUUGUAGGCGAUGAGAGAGGCCGCUUUCUAUACAGAAGUUGGGAUGAAUCUAGAAAUGUCUGUGGGAGUAGAAAAUACUUAUCAGAUGCUGUAGCUCUAGUCUUUGCAAGGGAUAGAGACACGUCUAGUGUUACAGGGGAUAUUCAGUUCCAUGUUGCAUUGUCAAAUGGUGUAUCAGUGGUAGGUCCGAUACACAAGGCAGUUUCUGUUAGAUUGAACAACUCUGAUAAUACUACGUGGCUUACUUCUAGAAAGGAAGGACAAUUUGAGAUUCUUGAUGGUCAAAGAAUGCUAAAUGAUAUCAACGAUGAGUUGGAAAAUCGUAUUGAAUCUCCUGAUCUGUACAUUGGGGUUACGAAACGAAGAAAAUGCUGUGUUGGGUUCGAGAAACCGGGGUGGAUAACAUCGUUGGCAUUACAUGGAGUUAUAGGAGGAGACGAAGAGUACCUUUAUGUCAAUGGUGUUAACAUCAAGACUGGUGAUUGUUUCCAAUUCUACCACUCAGAUCCCAAUGCUGCAAUAUCCUCAUGUAGUGAUGCCUCUGUAAACCUCAAAAAUUUGAAGUUAUAUGGAAAUGCCAACAAUGGUCAUGACAUGAGGGAUGUCGCUGUUAAUGUUAUAAAGAAGGAGGUUUUUGGAGGGUUUAUUUUCUCAUGUUACGGCCGUGGUGAGUCUUUCUUUGGUCGCCGCAAUGUUGAUAGCUCUCCAUUUACGGAAAACUUUCCUAGUGUUCCAUUGGCAGGAAUAUUUUGUGGAGGGGAAAUUGGACGUGCCUCUUCAGGCCUGAUUGGAGAAAACAAAAGAGAGAGCUCUGCUCGCUGCUGUCUGCAUGUCUAUAGCUCUGUUUAUCUAGUGAUGUCAUCCUAGAGCAUUAGAUUUUGUGGAUAGUUCAUGGGGACUAAAAUCAUUGUUAUAAAUAAAAUUAUUUUCAAAAUUUAGUUAUUUAACCUUCUCCUUUUGUUA